AUGGGUUACGAAUUUGCGCAAACAGUCAAUACAUAUCUCGAAUUGAAUGGAUAUCCGACCCACUACAUCGCCAAAAUUAACAGUAACCCAGCAAAAUCAAAGCACUUGGAAACUGCCACAACCAAAUUGUAUGGUCAAGAAAUCGAUUUCUGUAAUUUGCGAACAGAAGUAUACAGCGAAAACAGCAGGAUACCAACAGAAAUCAAAUUCGGAACGCCUUCUGAAGAUGCUUAUCGCCGAGAUAUUACCAUUAACAGCUUAUUCUAUAAUGUAUGCGAAAAAUUAGUAGAAGAUUUUACACAACAGGGCCUUCCUGAUUUGACCAACGGCCUCAUUCGAACCCCGUUGGCACCCUAUGAAACAUUCCGCGAUGAUCCAUUACGUGUAUUACGUUGUAUUCGUUUCGCAAGUCGUUUCGGAUUCGGUAUUGUGCCUGAACUUGGGGAAGCUGCCAAAAAUCCUGAUAUCAAAGACGCUUUGAGCACCAAAAUCAGUAAAGAGAGAAUCGGCAUCGAACUGGAUAAAAUGCUCAGUGGACCGUCGCCUCUUCAUUCCUUGAAACUGCUAUACAGCCUCGAUCUAUAUCCCGUAGUUUUCGCCCCACCUGCAAAUAUUGUGUCAGGAUCAGUCAAGGAUUCUUCUAUGAGUGUGAGGGCUGCAGGUAUCAUCCAAUGGUAUGAGUCACAAUUAUAUCCGAAAUCACUCGAUGAACAAAGGCUACUUUAUCUUGGAGCGACUGUAUUACCCUUUUCGGAUCUAGUGGUCGAAAAGAAGAAGCGACCAAUUCCGGCAAUUCAAAUAGUUUUGCGAGAUUCUAUUAGGUCAUCAAAUGUUGAUAUCAAUGCCAUUACCACGCUAUUCCAAGGUAUCCCUCAAUUCAGGGAUGCUGCUCAACGACAUCAGCAAGAGUGUAUUUCGCGCUCCGAUCUCGGAAUGAUCAUUAGACGUAUAGGCUCACUGUGGCCAACAGCGGUGAAGAUGGCGCUUACACAAGAUUUAUUGGAUAAUGCUGCGGAUAUCUCAUGGGAACAGCCAGAGUCUCUUCCAGCAAAUUCCGCGCAAGACAUUUGUCAAAAAUAUGAGGCCCUAACAAAACAAGCAGAAGCAUACGGUAUUCAGGAUUGUUACGACUGGAAACAUAUAGUAGAUGGUAAUGCUACCGCAGCGUUGUUGGGUAUUCGGCCAGGACCUGUUGUUGCUGAGCUACUCCAAGUCAUGAUGCGCUGGCAGCUCCAGCAUCCCGAAGGCACACCUGAUCAAUGCGCUGAUAUGAUCAAACAGUAUUGGCAAGAACAUCAUGCGAAUUAG